AUGGGUGCCAGUGCGGUACCCGAUGCUGAUGGUUGUUCUUGUCGAUGUGAAGAAAGGAGGAGCACUUUUGGAUAUUUCAACGGUACAUGGAAGUGCGAAAACAAUGUUUUAGUUCGGAAACAUUCAGARUGUACCAUUACCAUAUUUAWAACUGACGGAUCAAGAGAUUCUUCSUCGCCAAUCAUUGCUGUACCACCGUCCGUUUCUAGCGWCKCUUUUGRUCAUGAAAUUGGKACRUUAAAURUUCCAAAUCUCAACCAAAGWUCAGUUUGCCAACUCGAGGACACGUGGUAUUUGGCCUGCAAUGGGAUAUGGACACAAAUAAGCAGUCUAAAARAGAGUUUUUCUAUUUUAAAGCUCAGCGAUAAACAGCAUUUAACGAUCAAGAGUGGUCAUUCAUUCAGCAGCUAUCAUCCUUCAAUGAUAGGACAGGUCAUCAAAGUUCUUUUUAGCUGCACUAGCUCACCAACGCCAACAGAUUGCGUGACACUAAAAGUAAAAGGCGAAACUCACUGUCCAGUUUCGGUUUCUCCGUCUAUGUACCCACCACAACAGUCAACCACAACGCAAUCUACAACAACUGAAACUAAAACUGCUMCAUCAAACAGAAGUGAAACGCCAUCUUCUGCUUUACCCACGAAAGCGAUCAAUUUAUCCUUGCCAACCACAACURAAAUUGCAUCAGACUUUUCCUCCUCCAGCCGAGUGUUUUCAACUYCCACAACAGUAGGCAGAUUAACGGUGGUACUAAAAUCAACAAAGAGAACUGUGAAGAAAGAAGAACAAAACACCAAAGAAACUAACCAAGUGGCUUUGAUCGCAGGCGCAGCUGGAGGAGCUGUUGCUUUGAUACUUAUUCUCGUGAUUGCCUUUGUAGUAAGGUCCAAGCGAAAAAGGGACACCAGGCCUAGAUCUCAAUCCAUAGGAGAGAUAUUCUAAAGCCUGAUUUUGAAAAUUCGGUUUAUGACAAAGGCGCCGAUACCUCGUUCAAGUUCAMUGUUCCAGGAAAACCAAAUAUUGGAGAUACGCAUACUUACGACUACACGGACAAUUUACCAUUUCAAAUUGAAACGGUAGCAAAUACAAAAGGCAUCAACACCCCUAUGGUUGUAAAUCGUCUUUACGACCAAACAGAAGAUCUAAAGUCGGAUUUUCCACCAAACCCCGAAGCUAUCUAUAAUGUACUUGAAGAAUCAGAUCAUGAGGAUAAGCUUACAUCAGUUGCUAAGCCACGUCAGUCUAUUUCAAAAGAUAAUCAUACUCCUGGAGCAGAUGGUUUGAAUCAACCUUUCUACAAYAUUGUAGAGCCCUCCAACGAUUUAAAUGCGUGCAGCUCCGUUCACGCUUCCGAACCACACAUGCGCGGUUCCUCAAGUCCCGAUAAUAGCAUUGAUAAUGUCAACACAGGAUAUGAAGAUGAGGUUUAUGAUAUCGUUGGUAACGUCAUAACACCAGGACAAGGGAUCUAUCAGGCGUUGGAUUUUCACGGUCAAGAGCCAAGGGACAGAACAUAUCAAUCGCUGGAUAUUUCUACSAAAGUUAURUAAAUACUAGAGGAAAAUGCUGUGGAGCGUUCUUGACCUCGCAGUUCCUCUCUGGAGAAGUUGAUCAAUUUGCAGAGUAUGUAAAUUUACUGUACAUUAUUCAAU